ACCACGGAAUUACUUUAAUAAGUGGCAAAGUGCAAAGACAUAUUGUGGUGGCUUACCAGUUGCAUUACCCACAAGACUGCCGUUAAUCCACCGAACCACGGCCACCAGUACAAAUGAUCUCUUCCCGUAUGAUAAGUAAUCGAAGUUUCUGAACGCUAGUUGUCGUUUCGAACUGUUAAAAGUGGACUCGAACACCUCGAACAGAACUGCAAAGCCGAUCUACGGUCCUAGUCGGCCACUUGGGGACAUGACCGGAACCCAUCAAACCUGGCCAGCCUAUUUGAAGAUAUCAACUUAUGCGAGAUCUACACCAAACGAGCCACAAGGACAUCCUGCUGGCAAAACUUGCUUAGGGAUGAUCCCCCCCUCCAUCUCCGUCCUGUCAUAUCGAGGGCACCGACAUCAGCUGCUGAUCCGGCAUUUGCCUCCGGAAACGCUACGAAAGCCGUCAUGCCCCUGAAUAGAUAUUGCGCGACUCGAUGUAUCGUUUAAUUUGCCGCGCGAGGAAAUGGGUGAUUAUUCCGUUUCGACAGUGGAAGACGAAACUUCACGUAAUUCUAGUGUAGCAUUUGAUGACGAGAUCUGCCCAGACCGGACGGAACCGUCAGCCCAAUACCAUCAACUGGAAAUUACACGUUACUCUAAGUCAGCCGACAAUGAGGUCGAAUUUCUUUCACCUGAUGAGGCACACACACCAGAAUCCCACCAGCAACCCUAACAAGAAAAUCCCCAGAAUGACGAGGAACAAGCUUCAGUAGGAGUAAUCCAAAAAAACUAAAUCUGCGGAACGAAAUGGCCGAUUGUUCUGCUGAUAGUGUAUUGGCCAAUAAACCGCUUUUCAGAACAUAUACUAACAUCAACAUGAGGAAUGCAGAACGGAAAAAACGUGGAGAAAGAUAUACUGACACAGAGAAGGACAUACUUUCCUCUCUUCGGGCUUGUCUUUUCAUGAAUUUAAGAAGAACAAUAUGACUUACUCUAGUAAGCGGACCAUAUUAAGACACAUCCACAAAGAGACGAAGGACGUCCGUGAAGGCGUUCUGGACGUGGCUGGGCUUAAAAGAUAUCUUAAGUCAAACAAUUACCCUCCGACCGUUAUGCUCGUUGAGGAUGGGACAAAGGUUCAACAGCACGUCCAAUACGAACCCCGUUUCGAUUGUUUGACUGGACUUGUAAGCCCCUUGGAUAACAAAACCGGAUUACCAAAACAAGAUACCUUUAGCGCUAACUGUGCCACCAAGAUGAAACAGGACGUCAAAAGUUAUGCGGUGGCGGACACAGCAUAUGUACAGUUGGCGCUACCACUAGCGAAAGGCGCAGCACCUUUUGUCUUACUUUACUUCGGGACAGAUAAUAAAUUCAGAAGCCAAGACGUUGUCCACAGGUGGAAGGAAACCCGAGUUGUGCUUUUGAGAGAAGGGAUUGUAGUUAUAGGUUUUGCCAGCGAUGGUGAUCCUAAACUGUUAAGCGCCAUGCUUAAAGAAAUACAAUUUCUCUCUGUGAAGCAGGUUUCCGAGUACGGACCUUGUUUUAUUAUCGAUUGCAAACUCAAAAUGGCAUUUGUGCAGGACGAUACUCACGUGCUAAAUAAAGUAAAGAAUAAACUCCUCAAUUCGGAAUACCUUAAGAUAGGUCAGUUUGUUAGUACAAUAGUAUGA